CCCCUCUCUAUAUAUACCACAAUAACUCACCAUGUGCUCUCUCUUGAAGCCAUUUGGGCGCUCCCAGAGCCAGAACCUUGCUGGGCUCUCACCAAAAAUCCUAGCUUUUGCUUCCCCCAAAAGCUCCUUUUUGUUGGUAUUUGAAGCUUCAGGGAGUAGCAGCUGCUUCUGAGUGUGGAGCUGAGGUGAUUUGGCGCGUUGGGCGGUGAGAAAUCGAUCAAGUUUUGGCCUUUUCUUUGUGAGGAUGUUGGCUCUCACUUGCCCAAGUGUGGAGCUUUGCCAGAGGGGGUUGGAUCUGGUUCACUGUAAGUGCAGUUUCAGCAGGAGCUAUGUAGCAGGGUCACGGUGGAAGCCGCUCCGGAGACGCAGAGAAGGUGUUCGAUGUCGGGUCUCAUCCACGCAAAAUGUUGACGCACCGGUGAUGGGAUCGGCUUCUGCUGUUGAACCGGCGGUAUCUGAUUCCGCUCUGAUUUCGGUUGCUUCCUUGUUGGAAGUGGUUUCUGAAGAUCUCCUGAAGCUAAACAACAAUCUGAAAUCGAUUAUCGGUGCAGAAAAUCCACUUUUAGUAUCUGCGGCAGAACAAAUAUUCGGUGCCGGUGGGAAGAGGCUAAGACCAGCUCUAGUCUUCCUAGUCUCGAGAGCCACUGCUCAAAUAGCUGGUUUAAAGGAACUAACGACACAGCAUCAACGUUUAGCAGAGAUCAUUGAGAUGAUUCAUACUGCAAGUCUAAUACAUGACGAUGUGAUAGAUGAUAGUGGGCUGCGAAGAGGGAAAGAAACUAUCCAUCAAUGCUAUGGGACCCGGGUGGCCGUUCUUGCUGGCGAUUUCAUGUUUGCCCAAUCUUCUUGGUACCUCGCAAACCUCGAAAACCUCGAAGUUAUAAAACUCAUUAGUCAAGUCAUCAAGGAUUUUGCUAGUGGUGAAAUAAAGCAAGCAUCGAGCCUAUUCGACUGCGACCUUACUCUGGACGACUACUUGCUCAAGAGCUAUUACAAAACUGCUUCUCUUAUUGCAGCAAGCACGAAAGCCGCUGCUAUAUUCAGUGGCGCUGGAAGCAGCUUAUGCGAACAAAUGUACGAAUAUGGGAAAAAUCUCGGCCUUUCGUUCCAAGUGGUCGAUGACAUUCUCGACUUUACUCAAUCUGCGGAACAGCUCGGCAAGCCAGCCGGUAGCGAUCUGGCGAAGGGGAAUCUGACGGCUCCUGUCAUUUUUGCUUUAGAAAAAGAGCCCAAACUGAGAGAGAUCAUCGAUUCCGAGUUUAAUGAAGAUGGUUCCUUGGAAACCGCAAUAAAAAUAGUUUGCGAGUGUGAUGGGAUCCAGAGGGCUCAAGAAUUAGCCCAAGAGAAAGCCGAUUUGGCUAUUCAAAAUCUUCAGUGCCUUCCUACCAGCGAGUAUAGAACUGCUCUUGAGGAUAUGGUGAAGUAUAAUCUCGAGAGGAUUGACUAGACGCGAACCAUCAGUUAUAAAGGUUGAAUCGGGUAUUGCUUGAAAUGAUGUAGAUUAGGUGUCUUGAUAAAGAUUACUUUUCACGCCAAUGCUGGGAAAUUAUUCAAGCACCAAGUAAAGAAUUCGAAGGCCAUGAUGGUUAUGUAAGAGAAAUAAGAGAUUGUACUCUUAUAGUGCCCUAUUGCAGCUUUAUAUUACUUCACUGGUUGCAAGAAAAUUGCACCUGUAUACAAAUAAAUUUGAUAUACUCGGUAUCCAGUGUAUUUUUCUGCUUUUAUUGCACGAAUCUUCUGUUCAUUACUGGCAAUUUGAAGUGGCCAAAGGUUUAAACCAUUGCUUCAAUCAAAGUUCAAUUCAGUGUAAAUUUAUUAAUUUUAUUA